ACUUAUAAGGCCGCACAAGACAUGGCGCUAACCAUUCGCAAAAUGGAGGAUUACUUGCGCCUUUGGCUACGCGGUUGCACGGUGUUUGGUAUCUACGUGAGUCCCACUUCAGACCUUCUAUGGCUACCACCUAAGGAUAACGGCUUAUAUCAGGCUUGGAUCGAGGAGAAGACUACGCGCUCGAAAUAUUUGCUGCAACGCCUCUAUUUGGCGACGCUCUCCAUAAUCGUUUGUGCACUCUACUUACAUGGCUUGUAUGCGCGCGAGAUUAAGCAUGGGUUCGUGGUCACUUGGCUGGUGGCGACCUUGGUCUACACAUCGCGGUUGUUAACACACCUCUCCAUCAUCAUGGCAGCGCUGUGGAAACGCGAGCAGCAUGAGUCAUUCCUACAGCUAUUGCAGCAAAUCGAAGUGUCACUGAAGUUGCGUUUGAAAUGCAAUACACGACAGAGAGCGCUGCGACACAGUUUUUUUUUUUCGGUGUGGCUAAAUGAUAUUGGUUAUUACUGGCAUGCCGCUUGGAGCAUAAUUACGUUACGUGUACGUAUACUACAGCUGUUGAUUUAUGCGCGCAUCUUACGCCACUACUUGGAAUGUGUGUGCGUCAAGUUGCGGCAGGUAGUCGCUUGCCGCACAAUGCCAGCCAAUCAACUGUUGGAUAUUAACUAUGAAAAGCUCGAGUCUUUGGAGUUCCUGCUGGCAAUCAAAGAGAAUUAUGCACUAAUCUUCAAAGCAGUGCAGCUGUUGAACGACUUCGCCGGCUGGUCACUCUUCGGUAUCAUUUUGGUUUACAUGCUGGAUUUCACCUGUCAUGUCUAUUGGUCGUUGUUGGGCUUGGAUGGUUACAAUUCACCUUAUACUUAUUUUGUGGGCACACCGGCAGUCUUGCCAUUUAGCGUGAUAGUCUGUCAUCUGUGCUAUGUUUGCGACAAAUGCAAGCAAUUGGUGUGUUACUAUAUUGCUGAGCUUAUAACAAAAAAUUAG